UGUGGGCGUGGCCUCACGACAACCGUUCCAAUCACGCUAAGUGAUCGGGCUAGUCGCGUGUGUCUGCUUGACCGUACGAAGAGUUGUUCUUAUCUUUCGUGCUGAAGCUUUCCAGCCUGCUUCAUUGCUGCUGAAACAAGCAAGCUGCUGUCAUGAACCAACGACACUGGCUCCUUUACCUUCUGCAGCUGUUCUUAUUGCCGGCCUCACUGGCCCAACAGUACUCGUCUGAAACAAAGAAGUCCACGACAUUUCCAUGGUUUCGGGAGUUUGUCGGCGAUGUCCUGGAGAAGGGCCGCAGUGGUUUGGAAUUGUUGUUGGGCCGUGAAGUUGUGGACACAUGCUUUGAGGCUAUCCACAAUGGCAUUGUGCUGGUCUCAGGGACAGUGGCGACAGGUCUGAAUUUGCUAGUCGUGCUGAUAAAGGACCUGCUGCUGGCCAUGGGCCUGGAUGUCCAGUCCGUCUUACCAAGUUCCCAGCUCUUCACCCAGCACGAAGUAGCCACAAUAAUGGCCUGGGCCUUGAUGGCUCUGAUUAUCUAUUACUUGCUGGCAGCAGUCCUACGUAGAGUCCUGUGGCUGCUUCAAAUGGCAGCUUUCUGCCUGGCAUUCUUCUUCAUUCUGCAGAGAGUGGAAGACCCCUACAACAAGGCUGCACUCCUACUGGUGCUGGUCACUUUGGCCGUCCUGCUUGGAGGGGCAGCAACCAGCUCCUCUCAGAUAAACACUGCUAAAUUGCAACGUGAGAUUGAAAAACUGGAACAUAAAGUGGGCAACCUAAGUAGUAAACUGAAAAGCUACUAAGAGUCGGAUUCACUGUGACUGCUUAGUAUGGCAGCACAAAGAAUGGCACAUGGCUAUCAGUCCUUCACCCAGAAGCUGUCUGACAGUGUUUUGUAUUCCCUGUGGGACAAGUUGUUACUAAAGCCACGACAAAUGCAUAAAUGGACAAAUUUAUUUUAAUUGGCCAUCUGUAUGAGCUAUAAAACUCCUUUUAUGUCUUUGAAACAAAGGGCCCAAAAGCAUCAUAUUGCUUCAUCAUGAUGCUUCUGAGACAGCGGUGCUGUCUGAACUUCAGCAAGGUGCUUGGGUCAGAGUGGCUUGUUUUUAAUAAGUGUUACAUUUAAGCUUUCUUGGGUUUUUAUAUAAGGUCAUUAGGUGUGUAGGACCAUGACGGUCAUGUGGAAAAUGUGUUACAAGAAAGAAAACCUUCUAUAUUUAUGCUGUUUUAUCUACAUUUUAAGAAUGAAACCUAAGUGUGAAUUUGAAAAUAAAUAAUUUACAUAAUA